CCCGCGUCUGCCCCACGGCCCCUGAGGGCUGCUCUUUUGGGAAAGGCGCGAAAGCGGCGGCAACCCGGCCCAGCUUCAUUUCCAGUCCGUACACUCCUUGCCUUCUCUCCUGUGGAACAUUUGAAGAGCCAACAAAGGUCAAAGUGUCGGGACCACAGCCGUCAAGGCCAAAAGUGGCCCCAAACAUGAGGUCCACUGAGGAAGGUGAAGAUGCACCUUCCCAUGCCAAAUCAAGAGCUUCUCCAUCGGAUAUGCCUCAAGAAUCAACCUUGACAAAGGCUUCAGACUCCUGUAUGGAAAAAAAUGUAUCCAUGGAUACAAGGCUUUCUGAUAUGGAUUCAAACCUUGGGGGAUGGGAAGGUAUUCUAGCGACCUGGUCUCCAUCAGCCUGGAUUGCACAGGCUCAAGUUUCAGAGACCCGGAUGGCAAAGGCUCAGGCCUGGGAGGCACAGGCAAGAGUUGCCUUACAACCCAAGCCCAGUCUCACAGAAUUAUCAACGGUGACAACCCUGAAACAGGAAUCCUCACAGUUGGUGACCAAGAUAAGUGAGAAAGGCAGUGAAGGCUUUCCUCCCCGGCUCAUCUGGUCCAGCAAGGUUGAGUACAUCCUGGCUCUCAUGGGCUACUUGUUGAAGCCAUCCGGACUCUUGCGCUUCAUCUCAUACUGGAUUCACAGAGGAAACUGCAGCUUCUUUAUAGCGUACAUCUUAAUGCUGUUGGGCGUUGGGAUUCCUCUCCUCUUCUUGGAGAUGGCAGUUGGUCAGAGGGCACAGCAGGGCAGCAUGGACCUGUGGAAGAGCCUGAGCCCCUGGUUUGGUGGAGUGGGAUACAGCAUGGUUAUGGUAUGCUUCAUCACUAACACCUACCUGAACGUGUUCAAUUCCUGGAUCCUCUUCUACAUGAGCCACAUAUUCUACUUCGUGGUCCCAUGGGACCAGUGCCCAUUACAGAGGAAUUCCAGUAACUUUGAUCCUGAAUGUGAACGGGCAACGUCCUACGCGUACUUUUGGUACCGGCAGGCCUUGAAAGCCUCAGACAGAAUUGAGGAUAGCGGGCAGCCGUCCUUCAGCCUGGGCAUGUUCCUCUUUCUGGCCUGCUGUCUCCUCUGCGCUCUCAUGGUCAAUGGGAUCAAGUCCAUCGCGAAGGUCCUGUGUGUCUUGAUGCUGGUCCCCUAUUUCAUCAUGAUCUGCUUCCUCAUCCGGACUCUGUCAAUGGACGGCUCAGGGUACGGACUUAGACACCUGCUGAUCCUCAAGGUGGCAAGCAUCUACGACUUAACUAUGUGGAUCCAAGCAGGGAUCCAGGUCUUGUUUGAUAUCGGCCUGGGCUUUGGCCCCAUUGUCUCCUUCUCCUCACACAUGCCUGACUUCAACAACUGUCUAUCUGAUGCCUUCUUCAUGGCUCUGUUCAAGAUAAUCACCUUGUUGAUUACCACGCCCUUCCUCUUCUCCAUCCUGGGCUUCUGGGCCACUACAACCACACGUCACUGCUGUAAGAAGAACACAGAGAAACUUAUGAUGCUGAUAGCCCAGGGGAUCCUGCCUCCUGAGGCGAAGCCCCCCACCCUGAAGGACAACCCGACCACCAUCUACAACUCCUGGCUCAGCAGCCUCCCUCCAGGCCUGAGGAGCAGCAUCCUCAGCAUGGUGCCCGAGUGCAACGCCCAGAAGCAGUUUCUGAAGAUUGAGGAUAGCCCUCGCUUCCUGUUCCUGAUCUUCACUGAGAUCAUCUCACUAUUGCCUGGGUCUGGCUUCUGGACUGUCCUCUUCUUCCUGUUGCUGCUGGGCCUGGGGUUGUGUGCCAAUCUCAUGUUCAUGCUGGGUAACAUUUUGACACUUCAGGACACCUUCCCCUUCUGCAGGAGGCAGCCAAGGCUGCUCACAGUGUGUGUCUCCAUGAUGAUGUUCCUGUUCGGCCUCAUCUUCAUCCAGCCUUCAGGCAUCUACUACUUUUCACUGUUGAGUGAAUACUGGAUAGCAGUGCCCGUCAUCGUCAUCAUCCUAUGCGAAACCCUCGCGGUAGCCUGGGCCUAUGGGGCCAAGAGGUUCCUUGCAGAAAUGAUGGUGCUGCUGAACCGCCCCAUCCUCCCUGGCUGUGGCUGGCUGUGGCGCUAUGUGUCUCCAGCAGUGCUGCUGGGCCUGCUAAUGUCCAUCUUCAUAUACCUUGUCAAGGAGCCCCUUGUCUACAUGGCCUGGGACUCAAGCACUUCAAAAGAGGUGGUUCGAAUUUUUCCAAUGUGGUCCUUGAUCCUGAUUGCUGGGCUGUCUGUUGUUGUCCUCAUGCCCAUCCCUGCAUACUUUGCAUACUGUCUCACCCUGGGGAUUCCCUUCAGAUCUACACCAUCCUGUAAGCUACCACUCGAAAGUAGCCAGCUACAGACGACAAAAAAGGUCUCAAAGGAUAUUCUACAAGGCUACCAAACAGAGUCCUAAUGAGCCUGCCCACCAGCAGAGCCCCCAGCUUCCCUCAUCAGGCUGACACCUUGCAUCUCUUACAGCAGAGCAAAGAGGCAGCUCUGAGCAGCAGCUGAAGGCUGUCCCCACAGCCUGGACGCCAGGGCAGAAGAGCCGUGGGGCUGCUGGCUUCGCAGCGCCUUCCUGGCUGGGCUCUUCCAUUGCCAUACAGUGCAUCCCCAGACCCUCGCUCAGUGCCUGUGAGUGUUCAGAGCACCCAGGCUGGUCCUGCCAGCCCUGUUCCUGGUCUGUGGGUCUCCUGCAGGGGGAGGGGAGUGCGGGGCUGCUGGCCAAUAAAUCAGUCACUGCAGCUCCA